AAACCAUUAUUCACAAACCCCACCACUUUCACUUUGAAACAAUGCUUGCUCUUAUUCCAUUCGCUAUGCUUCAAGCGAUUCACACUGUUAAUGCUGUUGGAUACAUUCCUCUCGAGACCAAUAGUCUGAUGAGAACUGUGGUUGGUUACGGUUCCACGUGUGAUGCUCAGGCAGAAAACAAGAUUGCUCAAUGUUCGGAAGAACUAAUUAGCAUGGGUGUUUUUAGUGCGCUGGGAGGAAAACAAACCACCUUAUCAGAUAUGAAAUCGCACUCUCAAAUUCAUUUUGUCCAGAUGUGCGGGGCUUAUCAAAGAUUCAACAACUGCCUCGGAGGGAGCUACAUCAAACAAGCCUGCUAUCCGCACGAACCGCUAAAGUCUCGCUAUUCCGUUGUCGAUUCAGUCUUGGAUUAUGUUUGUGGAGAAGGAUAUCAAUCAAUGCUCAACAACUGGAAUUGCUACUUGUCUGUUGCGGAAAGCAGGGAGAUUGCAAUGUGUGAAGCAAGUUUCACACAAUUGGCAAGAAACACUGAACAAAUGUACAAUGAUUAUUCGUCAGGAGCCGGAGCAUGCUUUGCACUUCAAUCAUAUACCGACUGCAUUCGUCCUGCAAUUGAAACAACCUGUGGACUUGGCUCUUUUCUGACAGUUAUCCAAGCAGUUGAACGGCCAAUUCAAAUUUACCUUCCAUUCUGUACACUUUCUUCGUCCGCGAUCUCAUUUGUUCAAUCAAUCAUAAUUUCUCUUGCUGUUUUCUUGUUUUGCCUAUAAUUUAUUGUUUUGAAAUUGAAAGACUCGAACCCCAUAACUUAAUAUUGUCAUUGAAAACCCCUCAGACCUAUACAUGUAUAAACUAUUGCAU